AUGAUAAAUAACUUAUUUUCUAUUUUUGAUCCAUCAACAAAUAUUUUUAAUCUAUCUUUAAAUUGAUUUAGAACCUUUAUUGGAUUAUUAUUCAUUCCUUUUUGUUUCUGAACUAUUCCUAAUCGACAAUUUAUUUUUUGAAACUUUAUUUUAAAUAAACUUCAUAAUGAAUUUAAAAUAUUAUUAGGAAAUAAUAAAUUAAAUAAAGGAUCUUCCUUCAUUUUUAUUUCUUUAUUUUCAUUUAUUUUAUUUAAUAAUUUCUUAGGAUUAUUUCCUUAUAUUUUUACAAGAACAAGUCAUCUUAAUAUUUCUUUAUCUAUUUCUCUUUCUUUAUGAUUAAGAUUUAUAUUAUAUGGAUGAAUUAAUAAUUAUCAACAUAUAUUUAUUCACAUAAUUCCUCAAGGAACUCCUUCUAUUCUAAUACCUUUUAUAGUAUUAAUUGAAACAAUUAGAAAUAUUAUUCGUCCAGGAACUUUAGCUGUUCGUUUAACUGCUAACAUAAUUGCUGGACACUUAUUAUUAACUCUUUUAAGAAGAACUGGAAACAAUAUAUCAUUUUUCUUAUUAUUUAUUUUAAUUUUUUUACAAAUUUUAUUAUUAAUUUUAGAAUCAGCAGUUGCGGUUAUUCAAGCUUACGUAAUUUCUAUUUUAAGAACAUUAUAUUCUAGAGAAGUUAACUAAUUUAACUAAUGUCAAUAAAUAAUAAUCACCCUUUUCACUUAGUAGACUAUAGUCCUUGACCUCUUACUGGAGCAAUUGGAGUAAUAACACUAGUUACAGGUAUAAUUAAAUGAUUCCAUGAAUUUAAUAUAAACUUAAUAAUUUUAGGCUACAUAAUUAUUUUAUUAACUAUAUAUCAAUGAUGACGAGAUAUUUGUCGAGAAGGAACUUAUCAAGGUAGUCAUACAAUUAUAGUAUCUAAAGGAUUACGUUGAGGAAUAAUCCUAUUUAUUAUUUCAGAAAUUUUUUUUUUUAUUUCAUUUUUUUGAGCUUUUUUUCAUAGAAGACUUUCACCUAAUAUUGACAUUGGUGCUAUAUGACCUCCCUCUAGAAUUAUUCCAUUUAACCCAUUUCAAAUUCCUCUUUUAAAUACUAUUAUUCUAAUUACAUCAGGAGUUUCAGUAACUUGAGCUCAUCAUGCAAUUAUAGAAAAUAAUUUUUCCCAAACUAAACAAAGUUUAUUUAUUACUAUUAUUUUAGGAAUUUAUUUUUCUAUUCUCCAAGCUUACGAAUAUAUUGAAGCUCCAUUUUCUAUCGCAGAUUCUAUUUAUGGGUCAACUUUCUUUAUAGCUACAGGGUUCCAUGGUCUUCAUGUAAUUAUUGGAACAAUUUUCUUAUCUGUUUGUUUUAUUCGUCACUUAAAUUCUCAUUUUUCUAGUAAACAUCAUUUUGGAUUUGAAGCAGCAGCCUGAUAUUGACACUUUGUUGAUGUAGUUUGACUAUUCCUUUAUGUAUCUAUCUACUGAUGAGGUAAUUAACUUA